AGUUUGAAAGUAAGAAGAUCACUAAAGUUGGUCAAGUCUUCACCACAAAGUAUACGUUUUGAAAAUAGAAACUUUAUUUCAAGAUUAUGGCCCCCUAUUCUACUCUAAGAGUGGGAAAGGGGAAAAACGAAUAUAUUGCCUGAAAAAAAUAUAUUACGUGACAGAAACUUCACAUAGUACUUCCUCUUUUUUCCUAGUUCCUCUCUGGCCCUAAGAAAAACCAUAAUCUCCAGCCUAUUAGUAUCCAUUUGUGAAUUGCAGAAAUAGCCUCUUUAUUUGCCUUUUGAUGAUCAAUGCUGGAAAGAUUUCAAGAACCUACACUCAAAUAGGCAAUUCCUUCUUCAGAUGGGCUCACUUCUUUAUCUAACUCUGACAUUAUUUUCACUGGCAUUCACCGCGACUCUUUCAAGUCAAGCACAAGGCAUAAAAUCAGCCCGACUUCUUGAUCUAGUCCUCAGAGACAACACAGUCCGAUUUUACAACACCAAGAAGUUCAAAACAGCGAAACUGUACCCCAUACAUUUACCAUCUAACCUCUCGGGGAUCAGAGUCGAUUCAGUUAGGUAUCGGUGUGGUAGUCUAGCAAGAUAUGGUGCCAAAAUCAAAGAAUUCAAAUUGCCAAUUGGGGUAACUAUCCAACAUUGUGCUGAAAGAGUACUAAUUGUUAGACAAAAUCUUGGAUCCAAUUGGUCUAAUAUUUACUAUGACAACUAUGAAUUAUCAGGUUAUCAACUUAUUUCACCUGUUUUAGGCCUGUUAGCUUACAAUGCUGGUGAUGAUAUGGUAACUUCUUCAACCCCAUUUGAACUCGGAUUCCAAUCCAAUAAAAUUCCAAUUACAAUUGAUUUUACCAACACAACAAGGCUAGUAAAUGCUACUAGUAUCACACCAGGAAUUAUACCAUUAUGUGCUAGCUUUGAGCGCGAUGGAAAGGUGACACUAACAAAACAAAUGUCGCGAAAUGUUUGUGCUACUAAAAAGCAAGGACAUUUCGGUUUAGUCAUUGAGUCGCCUCUAAUACCUUCGAAAAGUAAAAGGGAAAGUAACUGGAAAUUAGCCAUAGGGAGCUCGAUUGGAGCUGCAUUGGGCGCGUUUCUUUUAGGUUUGCUACUGAUCGCGAUAUUUGCAAAGGUGAAGAAGAAAGCAAGAAUGGAGGAAUUGGUAAGAAGAGCAUAUGAGGAAGAAGCAUUACAAGUUUCAAUGGUUGGACAUGUUAGAGCUCCAACUGCAGGUGGUACUAGGACUGUUCCAACUAUUGAACAUGAGUAUAGUCCUCAUAAUACUUAAAAAAUAUUUUUACAAGUUAAUUUCUUGUUUCUCUGUGGAUCAUUCUUUUUGUAACCUGAAAAUCUUUUGAAGUUUUCUGUAUUGAUAGAAUUUAAAUGUUUAGGCCAGGAAACAUAGAUUAAAUGCUGACAAUUAAUUUGUACUAUCUGUUCUGCUAAAUGAACUUCUUUCCUUUUUCUUUUCUUUUUA